GAAAACUUCUUGAUUAAAUAGUCAUUUGACAUCUCAAGUAUUGCUAAAGGCCACAUUAUUAUAAACAAAGAUUUAUCUUUGAAUUGAUAAGAAGUGUUGUGUAAUAUAAAAGCUUUGUUUGACCGCAUUGCUGGUCGUAGUGGAUAUCAGAAUGGCGUUGUUCCGACUUCUGAUGGUCGUCUUUUCUGUAACGGAUUUCGUGGUGUCGCAAAAUCGUGGUCUCCAACUCUCAGUGGUAACGGAUGGUACCUACAGCAUAAAGGUUAACAAUAAAGUAUGGUUAACUAGUGCACCAACUUACUUUAUGGCAGACGGUUUGAUGCACAUCAAUGGAAACCUUUCUCUGAAACAGUCGUCUGCGACAAGUGGUUAUGACAAAAUAGGGGAAUGGCAGACGACAGAUUUUUAUUACACUGUCGGAAGUAGCAACAUCACCGCCUCCAUUAAAACAUACCCAUUUGAAUUAGAGAACGAUUUCAUCGUGUUUUCACAGACUUACCAUAACGGUGCUCAGAGAACCAAUCGCCCCGAUGUAAACUCCGUGAUCGGGAGAUUUCCCGCCUUCAAUGUCGGUAGUCAGGAAGCAAACGUCAACUUAUAUUACCUUGCUUAUGGAGGGAUCAUGGUGGGGGACACUGGGAAAAGCAUAGGCGUGUGGAAUACAACUAGUGUUUCUAUGGCCUACGGAAUAUCAGGAGGGCCACUGGCCAUUUUUGACAGAGAUGGCAAUACAGUGAUUAUUGCCCCGUUCUCUCAGUUCAUGGCGUCGUCCGUUACGCAUCCAGACUUUGAUAAAAGCGUGGGAUGGGGCGUUAUGGGAGGAGUAAAACUGGUACCUCCUGGUUACCAGUGCGACACCAUCCUAUAUUACGCGAAAGGAAUUAACAAGGCUUUUGAAGGUUGGGGGCGACUGAUGAAGAAGUGGUAUGGCCGAACGGACGAGUUUGUGAGGACAGAUCUCACCAUUAGUCACCUUGGAUACUGGACAGACAAUGGUGCCUAUUACUAUUACUUGACUGAACAAAACAAGACAUAUGAGGAUACUAUGCUGGAUGUCAAGAAAUACGCAGACAGCCAAAACAUUCCUUACAGAUACUUCCAGUUCGAUUCCUGGUGGUACUAUAAAGGGGAAGGAAAUGGGGUCAAAGAUUGGGAUUCUCGGCCUGAUGUAUUCCCUCACGGCCUCAAUGCUCUUAUUCAUCAACUUGGUUUACCUGUUGCUUUACAUAACCGAUUCUGGGCCAAAGAUACAGUGUAUGCAGUCCAAAACAGAGGGAGGUACUUGUUUGAGAUUGACAGAGAUGCAAAUGUUUCAGCUCCUUUAACUCAGAAUUUCUGGAAUUACUUGUUAGGACAUGCAAAAGAAGAUUGGGAUUUAGUUCUUUACGAACAGGACUGGCUGAACGUAGAGUUUGCAGGACUCCCAUCCUUCUUGAACGGAAUAAGUUUAGGGAAAUUGUGGCUUCAACAAAUGGCUGAUGCAGCAAAAUUACUGCAAAUACCGAUACAGUACUGCAUGUCAAAUCCUAGACAUGCCAUGAUGGCGUUAGAACUGAAUGUAGUUACUCAGGCCAGAGUGAGUGGUGAUUACCACCCAGGACGCGACCAGUGGCGGAUCGGCGUCUCCUCAAUGUUUGCUGAUGCGAUUGGAAUUCGUCCUUAUAAGGAUACAUUCUGGACUACAACGACCCAGCCCGGAAACAGUUAUAAAAGCUCUGAGCCAUAUCCUGGUCUAAAUGCUGUGGUAUCAACCUUGAGCACAGGACCAGUUGGACCUGGUGACAUGGUAGGCGGUACCAAUGUUUCGCUUCUCAUGAGAUGUUGCAACACAGAUGGAAGGAUUUUGAAACCAUCAAAACCAGCGACUGCAAUAGAUCGUCAGAUGAUUCUGACUGCUACCAAAGUGACAAACAACAUGGAAGUCUGGAGUACGUACUCAGAAAUGACGGUAGAGAACCAAUUGAAAUAUUUUGGAACAGUUCUUGGGGUUGAUACAAUUCCGCACUUCAAAGUGAUGAAAACAGAUCUAGAUUUCGUGAUGAAUAACCCCCAUGACGAGUAUAUGGUGUAUGAAUACCGCUCCCCACAGAUAAUCAAGUCAUUUACACCAACUUUGGCGAUGGAAAAUUGCACCAGGGCAGACUUCUGCUUAUUUCACUUCAUUCCAAGGAUAUCAUUUGGCAUCCAUUCAUUGUUCUUGCUUGGAGAGACAUCAAAAUGGAUACCAGUUUCUCAGCAGCGAAUUAGUGCCAUUACUCCAAUUCAGGAUACAGACGUUGUGUUAACUGUGGAGGGCGUUCAGGGUGAAUCUGUCGUCAUUUCCUACCUCCUGGACGGAAUUUCUCAGACUGUUACUUGUAAUUUCAAAGUCACUUCUUCUCUAUUGUUAUCCAUUAUCAAUAAAACUUGUUAGCGACUGUAUGCGACAUAUACUAACAUACAUGUACUUUGAAAUAUAUGAUGAAUAAAGAUUGCAGAACUGAACGAAA